GCUAGAUUUAUAGCAGCAGCCCAGGCCUCCAGGUGCACUGGAGCAGCCCGUAAGUCACCAGGCAGCAUGAUGCCUGCCCUGCUUCUCCUGUCGAGCCUUUUGGGGGCCAUCGUGGCCCUUCCUGCCUUGGGACCUGAGAUAUGUGUAAAGGAUCCUGUGCAGCUGUGCCUGGACGUGGGGGCAGCAGCAAAGUGUGGGGCUACGAAGCAAUGCCAAAGGGCUUUCUGGAACGCUCCACCUGCCAAGUCUUUGCAGUGCCUCAUAUGCCAGGACAUGGCAACUUUGGUUAUGGAUACAAUGAACCACAAUGCCAAGGAGUCUGACAGUAAGGCUUUGCUAAUGCAGAGCUGUGAGUGGCUCCCCAACGAGUUGGACUCAGCCGGAUGCAAACUGAUGGUGAACACCUACCUCUCAGCCAUCUUGAACAUGCUUCUCGAAGGCAGCACCCCAGCAAUGGUGUGCACAGCGCUUAAAAUCUGUGAGCCAUUGCAGAGACAGUUGGCCAGCCCUGGGCCACUCUCCAAAGAGGACACCUCUGAAGCACUGAGCACAGUCAAUCUCAAUAGCUUCUCUGACUACCCUGGCCUGAGGCCAGGGCCAGUCCUAUGUUCAGACUGUGUCCCGCUAGUCUCCCAGCUCCAGGAUGCUGUCUGGAACAAUGAGACCUUGACAGAGACAAACAUCAAUGACCACUGUGAGUCCUUGGUGCCUGCCUUGACCAUCCUCUGCAAGAAAUACAUCCGGCAGCUGUCAGCCCCUGUUGAUCAAGUGCUGAUGCGUCUUCCACCAGAGAAGGUCUGCCACAGGUGGAGAUUAUGUAGCAAGAGGGGACCGUCCCACGUGGCUCCUCAGGCUGCUGCAGACGGGGUGCCUCUCCUGGAACUGGGGAUGCUGAGGCAGAAGGACGAGAUCCUGAUGAGCAUGAGCCAGACCUGUGAUCUGUGCCUGAGGGUGGUCAGGCAACUGAACAAGUGGCUCGUAAGUCACCGUACCCCAGCCAAGAUCAGCCAAGCCCUGCAGAACGUGUGUUCAGUAAUGCCUUCUUCUAUUGCCCUGCACUGCAUCACUUUUGUGGAAACCUACAGAUCUGCCUUGGUGGAGCUUGUGGCCACAGUCACACCAGAAAUGUUCUGCAGCACCAUCCAUCUGUGCAGCCACUUGAGGCAGACCCGAGAGGUCCACGAGACCUAUGAGACCAAGCAGUCUCCUGAGAUGAACCGAGGCUACUUCUGCAACGGGUGCAAGAGGCUGCUUGCUGUGUCCUCCCACAAUCUAGACCGCAAGAGCACCAAGCAGGAUAUCCUCAUGGCCUUCAAGGGUGGCUGCAGUGUCCUGCCACUGCCCUAUAUGAUACAGUGCAACCGCUUUGUCACCCAGUAUGAGCCUGUCCUCAUCGAGAGUCUCAAGGACAUGAUGGAACCUGAAGCUCUGUGCAAGAAGGUGGGGGCCUGCCAUGACCCAAAGCCCCUUCUGCUGGGCACCGAUCAGUGUGUCAUAGGCCCGAGCUUCUGGUGCACAAGCCAGGCAGCUGCUGAGCUGUGCGAUGCUGUACAGCACUGCCAGAGCCACGUGUGGAAAACAACACCCCUCCCGGCCGGAGAGCAGGUGUGA